GUCGCCGCUGACGUUGCAGUUGUCCAACGCGACUAUGGCGUCCACAGACCAGUCCCUUCUGGACCUGACGGAUAAAGACACCCGGGAAAAACUAUAUCUGUGGGAUCGCCGCACCGAUGCCAUGGCUCCCCUUACGGAGAAACAAAUGGACUCUGUUUUGGAGAUCCGAGCCGCAGCCGAAACGCUCUCUAUCCCGUCAGAGCUUCCCAUUGAGGACUUGUGCAGCCUCUCGUCCCGGUCCUUACAGUCCCCGUUCACAGCGACUGUCCCCGCCUCAACAGAGGACGUACUGCUCAAGGGUUUUCAGACGCUUGACAUGGAUAAUGACAGAAUAGAAACUGCACAGCAGUUCUUUUCCUGGUUUGCCAAGUUACAGGCAAACAUGGACCAGGAUGAGAGCGCAAAAUACAGGAAAACCAGAGAUGAGCUAAACUGCUAUCAGGAACAUUGUGAUGCUAUUCUGAAAGAUGUCGGUAUAGCUCUGGAACAUUUGGACUCCCUCCAGAAACAGUACCUCUUUGUGUCCAAUAAGACCGGGACUCUACAUGAAGCCUGUGAGCAACUCUUAAAGGAACAGUCUGAGCUUGUUGACCUGGCAGAGAGCAUACAGCAGAAACUGUCAUAUUUCAACGAGUUAGAAAACAUCAACACGAAACUGAACUCGCCAACCUUGUCUGUUAAUAGUGAAGGCUUUAUACCAAUGCUAUCAAAAUUGGAUGACUGCAUUGAAUAUGUUUCUUCACAUCCAAAUUUCAAGGACUAUCCAGUUUAUUUGGCCAAAUUUAAACAAUGUCUUUCUAAAGCUAUGCACUUCAUGAAGAUCCACAUUGUGAACACUAUGCAGAAUCUUACAAGCCAAUUAACAAAAAGGGAUCCGAUGGGUUUGACCAACGCAGACAAUGCCUUCACACUUUACUAUGUAAAGUUUAGAGUGGCUGCACCAAAAGUUAAAUCACUGAUUGAACAGAUAGAACAGCGAACAGAGAAGAUUCCAGAAUACCAUCAGCUCCUUGAUGAAAUUCACCAUUGCUACCUUGACCAGCGAGAGCAGCUCCUCAGUCCCAGCAUCACAUCCACCAUUAUUGACCUGACCAACCAAAACAGCAAAGACCACUGUGCUCUGGUUCGCAGUGGCUGUGCCUUUAUGGUACACGUUUGCCAGGAUGAACACCAGCUAUACAAUGAGUUCUUCUCUAAACCAACACCUAAACUAGACGAGCUGCUAGAGAGGUUAUGUUUGUCCCUGUAUGAUGUCCUCCGGCCUCUUAUCAUACACAUCAUCCACCUGGAAACCCUGUCUGAGCUCUGCAGCAUUCUCAAGAAUGAGAUGCUGGAGGACCAUGUUCAUAACAAUGCUGCUCAGCUGGGGGCCCUUGAUGCAGUCGUGAAGCAGAUGCUGGAGGAUGUCCAGGAGAGGCUGGUCUACAGAACUCACAUUUACAUCCAGACAGAUAUCACAGGCUACAAUCCGGCUCCAGGCGAUCUGGCCUAUCCUGAGAAAUUAGAGAUGAUGGAGAGAAUUGCUCAGAGCUUGAAGGAAGAGCAGAUGAAAAAGAUGACACAGGAGUCGAUGUUUUCUGAUGUACAGCUUGAGGAUCCUGAUGGUAGAAGAAGUGCUGAAGCAUCACGCUUGCAGACAACUAUUUCUCCUGCUGAUCUGCACGGCAUGUGGUACCCUACUGUCAGACGAACACUGGUUUGUCUGUCUAAGCUCUACAGAUGUAUAGACAGAGCCGUCUUCCAGGGUCUAUCUCAAGAAGCCUUAUCUGCCUGCAUCCAGUCCCUCCUUAAAGCCUCUGAUAUUAUCCUUAAAAACAAGACACAAAUAGAUGGGCAGCUUUUCCUGAUCAAGCACCUGCUGAUAAUGCGUGAACAGAUUGCCCCAUUUCACACCGAUUUUGCCAUCAAGGAAAUCUCACUGGACCUGAAGAAAACGCGAGAUGCCGCCUUCAAAAUCCUGAACCCUAAGGCUGUUCCCAAAUUCUUCCGAUUUAACAGCCACAACGCCAUUCUUGAAUUCCUGUUGGAGGGAACACCAGAGAUAAAGGAACAUUACCUUGACUCUAAAAAGGAGGUGGACAGACACCUGAAGUUCAGCUGUGAGCAGUUUAUCCAGCAGCAGACUCAGAUCUUUGUUGGGAACCUUGAGGAGUUCCUCACUAAGGUUACAGCUCUUAAAACUAUGGCUAUCCAAGGCGGUCCGUCAUACAGUUUAUCUCAGCAACCUUGGGCACAGCCAGCAAAGAUCAACGACAUAGUGAUGGCUACCUACCGUGUGAUGAAGAGCAAGCUGCCAAGCACUUUACAGAGCAUGUCCUUGUACUUAGCCAAUAGAGACACCGAGUUCAUCCUUUUCAAGCCUGUCCGGAAUAACAUUCAGCAGGUGUUCCAAAGACUGCUCACCUUGCUUCAUGAGGAAUACAGUGGAGAAGACCUUCAAAUCAUUGCUUGUCCAUCAAUGGAGCAGAUUAACCUGCUGCUGUCUGUGAAUAAGUAAUGUCCAAAUGUUCGGUGAGGCAACGCUGGCAGAAACAGUCUGGAAAGCAAUAGGAUGCUCCCAGCUCCAACCACAGCACGAGUCAUGACCAGAGAACUGAACUUAAAUUGCAAGCUGAACUGAUGGAAAACAAACAAACAAAAAACCCUGCACAAGGCCAAAUAUUCUCAGACAGACGCUCAAGCAGAAGUAUGAAGGUAUUCAUCUUGAAGUCCAUGACACACUGGGAAGUGCAGGGUGUUAUUUUGGGUGCUGAGUCGGUGGUUCUUGUGUGAAUGAAAUUAAAAGUUGGUGAGGGUUCUCGUGUGGGAGAAAUGUUCUGUAUAAAAACAAAUUUGCACACUAUGUGAGGGUGGGUGGCAAAAAUAUUAAGGAGUGUAAGGACAGGUACACUCGGUGGGCAGCAAAAAGGCACUGAAAGGAUUCUUCAUCAGGUAGCUAGUGGGCCAGUAUGCAGGCUUGCAUUCAGAUGCCUUGAUUCUCUUGUUGGGAUCAGAAGGAUAGAGAAAAAGAGGAAAAAUGCUGCAAAAUAUUUUACUUCUGUUUUAAAUUGUACCGGACUUCGUAACACAUGCAGUGAAACUUAAUGAUGGCCUGAAGUGCUACAAGAUGCUCAGGUCCAACUUUGAUCAUGGCAAAAAAACCCUAAGUUUCCAUCCCUGUCAGAUGUUUUCUCGAAGAUUGUUCCACUUUCUUUGUGUGAAUGUUUUUCGUUAAGCUGUUGCAAAUAUGUACACAAGACGAUGAAAUGCUAUCUUUUAUACUUUUUUCCUUUUUAUAACUAGGUUGAUGAAAACUACUAUACUUUUACUCUGGUAAAAUAAUGACCUGUUGACCUCUGCAGUUUUGCACCGUGUAUGAUUAAUGGGUAUCUUUUCUAAGAGGUCCUUACAGAGUAACAAACAUAACGGGGCGUGGUCAAUCUAACAUUUGCUUUGGCAUGUCCGGUGUGAAAUGAUGUGUACAGUUAAAUUAUUUAUGAACCUUCUGAUUAAAAAAACAAACAAACAAAAAAACAAGA